AUGGAGCUGCCCCGGCUGACGAUUGAGCAGCUCUCAAAGCUGGUGGCCUCCAAUUCCCCACCUUCACAACUGUUUGAGGCCUUGACAGAAUAUGAGCAAGAAGCCUGUCUUAUGACAGAGGGAAGUGGCAGAUCGGAAGGAGCUAUCAGCAAUCCUGAGCUGCUCAGUUUAUUCUACUCGAGCUUCUUUCUUGUCCAUCUCCUCACUGACCAAAUGUCAGUCACCCCCAAUGGUGCUUAUACAGUGAUUUCUAUAUUAACAGACCCGAACAGAUCCGAAGCUCAUGCCUUGACGAAACGAAUGCCCACAAAGCUCAAACACGAGGAUCCCUCGCUCCAGAACUGUUUGGCUCUACUGCGAGCGGUAUGGCAGACUGAACAUGGUCAGGUCUACCGAAUUCUCCAGGAACUGCCAUGGCCAGAAGCUGUUCGGCCACUAGUACAGAGAUAUGAAAGUUUUUUCCAAGACAAGACCUUGAUCUCAGUGAGCAGGUCUUACGAAACCAUCAGACUGUCUGUCGCCGCAUUCUACCUCGGUUUAGAUCAAGAUUCAGCGGUGCAAGAGGAUCCAAACAUCAUAGCAAACUUCACAAAGUGUGGAUGGAAAUGGGACCCGGAUACAAAGCUGUUGCAUCCUAAACCCAUUGUGGUACGCCCCGCGGAAGAUCAACCGUACCACGGCAUCCGUGAAGCAAUGGCAAUGCUCGGGGCCCGCGCAAGUUGA